UACCAAAAAAAAGCAGUGUCUAUCUUUUAGUAACAGGUGACUAAAAAUGGAAGCAUCAAGCAUGACUUUUGGCCCUAAAGCUCUUCCUAGUGUUCACAACGUCGUCCCUCUCUGUCUUAAGACUAGCCUCUCUCUCUUUCCUCGCCAUUUGCUCAAAAACCAAACUCUUUCCUCCAAUAAACCCACAAAACACGGCCUGUUCUGUGUUAAAGCUGAGAAUAGUGGCGAUCUAGAAAAUACUCGUCCAUUGACGUCCUUUUCUCCAUCUUUUUGGGGAGAUCACUUCCUCUAUGUCCCCGUCGCUGACUCUGAAUUUGAAGCACUUAAGCAAGAAAUUGAAUCCGUGAUGAAGCCUAAAGUAAGAGACAUGCUCAUGUCUCCUCACAGCAGUGACACGGUGAGGAUUCAUCUCAUCCAUUUGCUUAUCAGCCUCGGUACCGCUCAUUAUUUCGAGAGCGAAAUCGAAGAGAUUCUACGCAAGGCUUUUGGAAAGUUGGACGGUUUAAUUUCGAAAGAAGACGAUUUGGAAACAAUCGCAAUCAUAUUUGAAAUUUUCAGACUAUACGGACACAAAAUGCCGUGCGACGUGUUUGAUAGAUUCAAAGGUACAGAUGGAAAGUUUAAGGAAAGUCUAGUCAAGGAUAUUAGAGGUAUGCUACAGCUGUACGAAGCAGCACAUCUCGGGACACUAUGUGAAGAUAUAAUGGACGAAGCGUUGACUUUUACGCAGUAACACUUGGAGUCGUUGACAAACCAAUUAGGAACAAGCUCCAAUCUCUUAAAGCAUGUAGAAAACGCAUUGUAUAGAGCUCGAUAUCAUAGCAUAGAGAUAUUAGUCGCUAGACAAUAUAUCACUUUCUACGACAAUGAAGAAGGCCAUGACGAGACACUCCUCGAGUUUGCUAAGCUCAACUUCAACUUUUGUCGGCUUCAUUUCAUCAAAGAGCUAAAAGCUCUCACCAAGUAUAGUCGCGCUAGCUAGUUCUCAAUAUUCACGUCAAAUAUCUCCAAUAUAUCUUCUUAUAGCUAUUGCAUUUUUGUUUUGUCUCUCAAUUUUGGUUCGCAGAUGGUGGAACGGCUUUGAUUUUGUAUCUAAGCUCCCUUACAUCAGGAAUAGAACUGUCGAGAUCAUUUCCUUUACAAAAAUGUACCCAA